AUGGGUGAGGGUCCUCAUCGAUGGCGACCUACUGUUCCUAUAGCUCCGCUCAGACCUAACCAUAAUAUCCUAUUCGUAACCACAGAUGAUAUGGUGUAUGGGUUGGGGUCUAAUGUUUGUGGAAAACUAGAAUUGGGUCACAACGAGCCCAUACAUUCACCACAACCUAUACCAGAAUUAUGUCAUCAAAAGAUACAUACAUUUAUUAGUGGAUAUGACUUUGUGUUGGCUAUGAAUAGUGUGAAUCAUGUCUACAGUUGGGGUCCCAACAGGUGGGGACAGUUGGGUAGAAAUGAAACACCAGAAGACGUUUAUUCAAAAGCCGAGAGAAUAUCGUUUUUCGACGACAAAGAUGUCCGACAAAUCAGUUGUGGUUCCCGUCACUCACUAGCCCUCACAUCCAGUGGACAGGUGUAUGGGUGGGGGUGUAAUAGUUGGGGACAGAUUGGUUGUGGAGAACAACAAAAUGAUAAUUUUGAUGAAAAAGAAACGGAAAAUGUAUUAAAAGAAGUAAAGAAUUUGGAAAAAGUUAAGUCUGAAUAUGUGGUCCAAUAUUACCACUCAUGGCGUGAAACCGGAUGUCUUUACAUACAAAUGGAGUUCUGUUCCAAUAGUCUGCAGAAUAUUCUUGAAGUAAAACCACAAGUAUUUGAGAGACAAGCCGGAGAUCCCAUGGAUUUAUACGAAUUAGACUUAAAAAGUUAUUAA